AUGGCUGCCCUAGAAGACCAUCGCAAGUCGUCUUCUCCUACGCCAUCAAAGUAUAAUAAAUCUAUCCAGCUGGAGAAUGUGACUACCGAAAAGGGACAUAAUGGGGAAAACCUCAUCGUUGAGGGAGCUGACUACUCGGGUGCCGCUCGCAAAACUGAUCCAGCUGAAAUCGCCCUCGUCCGAAAGCUGGACAGGAUGAUCAUGCCAAUUAUCUGGGCCAUGUACUUCCUGAACUAUCUCGAUCGGAAUGCACUUCCUCAGGCACGCCUGAACACCCUUGAGGAGGACCUGAACCUCAAAGGUGUUCAGUAUAACACUGCAAUCUCUAUUUUGUUCGUUGGAUACCUUUUGAUGCAAAUCCCCUCCAACAUGUUCUUGACUCGAACUCGACCUUCAAUCUACUUGUCUGUUUGUAUGAUUGGCUGGGCGGCCAUAUCCGCCUGCACGGCAACUGUAACCAGCUAUUCGGGGCUUCUAGUGUGUCGGUUCUUCUUGGGCUUCGUUGAGGCACCAUUUUACCCUGGGGCGCUGUAUCUCCUAUCGAUAUAUUACACCCGAAAGGAGCUUGCAACUCGCAUAUCAUUACUUUACACUGGGCAGGUUGUUAGCACCGGCUGCUCAGGUCUGAUCGCUGCCGCAACGUUUGCAACUCUUGAUAAAGUCAAGGGCCUUGCUGGGUGGCAAUGGCUUUUUGUGAUAGAGGGUUCUGUCACUGCUCUUGUUGCCAUGUUUGGUUUCUUCCUACUCCCAGAUGACCCCUCCCAGACUCGAUGGCUUACCCCCGAGGAACGCGAACUCUGCAUCGCCAGGAUUAAGCGAGAUACUGUCGGCCAACAGACUAGAGGAACCACUUGGGAGGGUCUGAAGCAAGCCUGCAAGGAUCCUCGUACAUGGCUCUUCUGCUUGAUGCAGAAUCUUCAUAUCAGUGCCUGCUCUUUCAAUAACUUCUUCCCCACCAUUGUUAGAUCUAUGGGCUUCAGGAGCACUACCGCGCUUCUUCUCACCGCGCCUCCUUAUUUUGUCUCUGGUAUUCUCGGAAUUCCCUUUGCUUGGUCCUCAGGCCGGUUCAACGAGAGAACUUGGCAUAUUACGGCAGGGCUUUCCAUCGCUGUCGUUGGCUUUGUGAUCUCAUGCGCAACAACUAACGUGGCUGCACGUUACGCGGCAACCUUUUUAUAUGCAACGGGUGCCUACUCUGUCGGGUCCGUUAUUCUGGGCUGGGUCAGUAACACUUUAUCUCAGACACCUGAGAAGAAGUCGGUCGCCUACGCACUUGUCAAUGUCACUGCCAAUUUAGCAUACAUCUAUUGCGCUUACCUGUGGCCGUCUGCAGAUGGGCCUGACUACUUGAUGGGAUUCUCUAGUAUGGUAGCAUUUGCAGUGACUAGCAUAUUGUGUGCUUGGCUUAUGCGGGUGUGGUUGAUCCGUUCAAAUCGGCAAAUUCGGGAGACAGACAACGAGGCUGUUGCAUUAUACGCUUACUAG